AUGCCUUCCAUGCCCUUUUCUGCUCUGUUUCCCUCCCUUUUCGUUGCGGCAGUCUUCGCUGCUCCGCAAAACGUGGACACCUUGGGAGAGACUUUCACUCUUGACCAGAUCCCGAAAGGGCAGAUCCUCAAGAAUGGACCAUUGGCUAUGGCGAGGACUUACCUCAAGUACGGCCUGGAGGUGCCCGACUUUGUCGCCGCAGCCGUCGCGAACUCGGCUGCUGCCGCUGAGGCUGCCGGCCUCUCCGAGCGUUCGGUUGCAGCAAACCCUUCUGAUAGCUUCGACACUCUGUACUUGUCGCCCGUCACGCUUGGGUCUGAUACGCUGAACUUGUACCUUGACAGCGGUUCUUCUGACUUAUGGGUCUUCUCCACGCUCAUGGCGCCCGGCUCUACCAACGGACAGACUCUCUACAAUCCUUCCAGGUCGGGCACCCUUCUGCCGCAGCAGUCUUGGAGCGUCACCUAUGGCGACGGCAGCGGUGGAUCUGGUCUCGUCUACGCCGACAAAGUCGUGGUAGGGGAAGUGACUGCCACCAAGCAAGCCGUCGAGGCAGCCACAAGCGCGUCGUCCCUCUUCGUCCAAGAUACCAACAGCGAUGGCGUCAUGGGCCUUGCUUUCAGCAACCUCAACUCCGUCAGGCCCACCCCCCAGAGAACCUUCUUCGAUACCGUGAAGAACACCCUCGCCAAGCCCAUCUUCACGGCUCUUAUGAAGAAGGGACAAGCGGGAAAAUAUGACUUCGGUUUUCUCAAUUCGACUUCGUACACUGGAAGCAUUGUCUACACUAACGUACUGACUACGCCGAAGCCGGGCUUCUGGGGGUUCAACGGAACAGGCUACUCUAUCGGGUCUGGGCCGGUCGUCCAGAAGGUUAUGUCGAGCAUUGUCGAUACGGGCACUUCUCUCUUCUACCUGCCCACCGACGUUGUCCAGGCCUACUAUGCUCAAAUUCCCGGCGCAUCCAAGAGCGCUUACUUCGGUGGAUGGAUUGUGCCUUGCACCAGCACGCCGCCUGCCUUCAGCACCGUCAUCAGCGGCUCUCUCGUCACCAUGCCUGGAUCGUACCUCAUCUACGGUGCUGUUGACCAGUCCAACAACUGCUAUGGAGGUAUUCAGGAGAACACCGGCAUUGGCUUCUCCAUCUACGGCUUGAUUUUCUUGAAGUCUCAGUACAUUGUUUUUGAUCAGACGACGGCCAGCGCCCCGAAGCUCGGCUUCGCCAGGCAGCCCGGUGUUGCCUACGUUUAG